AUGGCCCACGAGCGGUCAUACGAUUUCAUAGUCAUCGGUGGUAUAUGUUUACUCCCCAUAGUCACUAUCUAUCAACCGCUUACCAAAUUCAUAGGCGGCCCGGCUGGAUGUACACUGGCUGCGUCUUUGGCGAGCUCAGCCAGGAAACCGACCGUAUUGCUCCUAGAAGCUGGCGGGCGUAAUGAGGACAAAUCUCUGCGGGUAGACGGAAAGCGCUGGAAGACAUACAUGGAGGAGAAUAUGAAUUGGGGGUCUCAGACAACCCCACAGGAGCACUGCAACGGUCGUCGACUCGAUUACUCGCGGGGUAAGGGACUCGGAGGCAGCUCUUCGAUCAAUUUUGGAGUCUACACUGUCGGGGCACGAGACGACUAUGACCUAUGGGCGGCUGAGGUCGACGAUGAGACCUUUUCUUGGGACAAGAUGCAGACACGGUUCAGAAAAUUGGAAACUUUUGCUGGCACAAUUGAUAUACCAGAAAAGCAGAAGUAUGGGCAGCCUGAACCUACAAACCAUGGCAAUAAAGGUGGCUUGCACGUCGGUUAUGCCAAAGAAUGGGACUCGGAUUUGACAAUGGUGCUGGAUGCCUUCGAAGAAGCCGGAAUUCAGCGGAAUCUUGAUCAUAACUCUGGUAAUCCGCUAGGAUUCGGACUUUGUAUCAAUUCCGCUUCCGAGGGCAUACGAUCAACCGCUGCGGAUUUGUUAUCUGAGGAGUUGGAUAAUUUGAGAAUCGUCUCCGAUAGUCCAGUUCAACGCAUUAUAUUGGAAAGAAAUAGGGUUGUGGCAGCCGAAGCUAAUGGCAAAAAAUGUGGGUUGUAUCGAAGCUUUGGAUCUCUUGAAACCCCCAAGAUCUUGAUGCAUUCUGGGAUCGGUCCAGCCGAAGAACUAAGCAAGUUCAACAUUGCAAUUAAUCAUGAUCUGCCAGCCGUAGGCAAAGGACUCCGCGACCACUUCUUUGCCCCCCUUGUCGUGGUACGCAACCCCCAAACCAACGAUCGCAAUGAUUUCUACCAAGACCAAGUAGCCAUGGAGGCUGCAAUGAAUCAGUGGGAAAUAGACGGUACCGGUCCUUGGACACGUUAUGGCUGUCAACUAGGUAUUGGCUGGCUCAAAUCCGACCGAAUAACAUCCUCUGAGGAGUUUAAGGAUUUACCUCAACCUGUCCAAGAUUUUAUGAAUCGCGAGACGAUCCCUCAUUACGAGAUUAUUAGCCAUUUCCCGGUGCAUUUCACCUUUCCGCAGCUCUUCCAAGAUUACAGUUACAUCUGUUUGCCUGUCUUUUUGAUGAACGAGCAAUCUGUUGGGGAGGUGCGAUUGCAGUCGCCCGACCCGGAUGAGCCGCUUUCAUUCAAUCCCAAAUUCCUCGAACAUCCAUUCGACCGUCGAGCAUGUAUUGAGGUCUAUCGUCAUUUGUGGGACCUUGCCAAGUACCAUUCUUUCGCUAAGGAUACAGUCUCCACAAUCAUGGCACCAGCAUCCGAGUCCGAUGAGGACAUUCUUCAAUUCUGGAAAGACAACCUCUCAUCCAGUUGGCACAUGACGGGGACCGUGAAGAUGGGUAAAGACGGUGACAGUGAUGCUGCUGUCGACAGUCGCUUCUGCGUUUUUGGGGUGGAAAACCUACGUGUGGCUGAUAUGAGUGUGGUACCAGUUUUAACCAACAAUCACACCCAGGCCACUGCUUAUAUGACUGGAGCAACAUGUGCUGAUGUUUUGAUUGGCGAAUAUAGCUUGAAUAAAUAG